UCCUUCUACACUACACCUUCCAAAAUCUUUCUUCUUUUUUGUGUUCUUCAGCCAUGGGAAAUGAGAAAGGCAAGCAGCAGGCCUCAGUUCAGAUGUGGGUUUUGGUGGUUGGCUUGCUUCUCCAAAACUUGGCUAUUCCUGUAAUGGCUGCUACUGCUACUGCUACAACCACCUUUGAAGAACAGAAGACCUACUACUCUCCAGACCCACAUGCUAGAACUCCUCCUACAGGUUCUCAUGUACCUACACCGUCUCACGGUUCACCAUCCCACCAUGGUUCGCCAUCGCAUGGUGGCUCACCACAUCACUCUACUCCAUCAAACCCAUCCCCUUCACACGGAAAUUGCGGAACCCCGCCAUCAACUCCAUCAAAUCCUCCUUCAGGAGGUGGUGGUAGUUACUAUCCCCCUUCACAUGGUACCCCGAGCACCCCCUACGUUCCUACACCCUCGACCCCAACCCCGAGCACCCCCUACGUUCCCACACCUUCAACCCCAACUCCGAGCACCCCCUACGUUCCCACACCUUCAACCCCGACCCCAAGCACCCCCUACGAUCCCACACCCUCAACCCCUACUCCAAGCACCCCCUACGUUCCGUCACCUCCAUACAUUCCUGACCCUAACUCUCCCUACACUUGCAACUACUGGAGGACUCACCCUGGACUAAUAUGGGGAGUGCUGGGCUGGUGGGGAACAGUAGGAAAUGUCUUUGGAACGACUAGCUUGCCAGGAUUUGGAGCAGGCAUGAGCUUGCCACAAGCACUUUCUAAUACACGUACUGAUGGUUAUGGAGCACUCUAUAGAGAAGGAACUGCUUCCUUGCUCAACUCUAUGGUUAGCCACAAGUUUCCUUUGACAACAAGGCAAGUUAGGGAGAGUUUCCUUGCUGCAUUAGGCAACGACAAGGCUGCAGCCGCUCAAGGACAGCUCUUUAAGCUAGCCAACGAGGGCAGACUCAAGCCUAGAAACUGAACAAGUCCCCUUCAAUUCUUAAAUAUCUUGUGGUGUGUGUGCUUUGUUAAUCAAGACUUUUCAUUAUUAAAUGUUGGUAAUAUUUUAAUUAAGAGAUAUCUCUGAUGUUAUUAUUAUCAUUAAUUAUCAUAGUCAUGAGGAUAGACAGUGUUGAGACAUUUAAAUGCUUUUUAAGUUGAUGUGUUAUUUAGUUUUAAUAAGAUUUAUUAUUAUUUC